AUGACGAGAUGGACGAUCAGUCUCGAUGGCGGACCGCGUCGGGUGAAUCAUGCGGCGGUCGCGAUCGGCAAACAUAUCUAUUCAUUUGGCGGGUACUGUAGCGGUGAGCAUCAGGAGGUGAGGAAGUUGCUCGAUGUGCAUGUUUUGGACACUACUAAUUAUCGAUGGAAGAAGCUCGAGAAGGCGAACGAGUUUUGCUCGGCACACUUGUUGGCCGAAACGGAUUCGGUCAAUAUUGACGAUUAUCUUCAAGGACCGGUGACGCAUCGCGACGAGACGCCCUAUCAGCGAUAUGGGCACACUGUAGUCGAGUACGGUGGAAAAGCGUACCUCUGGGGUGGUCGGAACGAUGAUUUUGGAGCUAGCAAUGUGCUGCAUUCGUUUGAUCCAGAAAAUCGACGUUGGGAGAGGAUCGACGUGACGGGAUUCGUGCCGGCGGCGCGCGACGGUCACACCGCCGUCGUCGUCGAAAAUAAAAUGGUGCUGUUCGGCGGAUUCGAAGAAGACGCGCAACGAUUCAGUCAGGAGACGUUCAUUUUCGAUUUUGACACCCGAAAAUGGUCGGAAUUGAAGACGACGGGCACCCCACCAUUGUGGCGCGAUUUUCAUACGGCGGCCGCCAUCGACGGCGUCAUGUACGUGUUCGGCGGACGGAGUGACCAGAACGGUCAGGUCGGUGACGAUGAGUUGUUUCACUCGUCGCGCGACACUUAUGAUGAUAAAUUGAUGGCGUUGGACCUUAAGACGGCCCAUUGGCGUGUGGUGAAGGCCAGUGGAAAGACGCCACUUGGAAGGAGAAGCCAUUCGGCGUGGGUCUACAAUGGAAAAAUGUUCAUAUUUGGAGGCUAUUUGGGAACCCGCAAUCGUCAUUUCAACGAAUUGUACUGUUUCGAUCCGAAGACGAACGAAUGGGACAUCAUCGAGGCUUUUGGCACAUAUCCAUCGCCGAGACGACGUCAUUGCUCUGUUGUUGUCGACAAUCGCGUUUUUCUGUUUGGCGGAACCUCGCCUUCGAAUCGAUGCUAUCGCAAUUUCAAUAAUGUGAUGUCGAAUUUCUCGUCGCUGCAAUCGGGCCUCUCCGACCUCUCCGAUAUGCAUGUUCUGGAUUACUCGCCAUCGCUUUUCCAAUUGUCGGCAACUGAGGUGUUGAAGCGAAAUUUGCCGAAUACGAAUAUUUAUGAAUGCUUGAAGGAUGAAUUGCCGUUUGAUGUCAGACUCAAUUUGUACUGCAUGACAGAGCCGAAUCAGCUGAACCAACAGACGACGCAUCGUGCCGAAAUCGCCGGAUAA